AUGGCUUGGCAGCAAAGCCCCUACGACAGUCCCUACCCGAACUCGGGUCCUCACACCCCCAUCAACGGCUUCAAGGACCACAAGCUGGAUGAGGAUGCCUUCGGUCCAGCACCUGGCAACAUCGUCAGCGCAUUUGACGCCUUCCCCAAGUCGAAACCUCAGUAUGUCACCCGGACCGCGGGCGGCGGGAAGUGGACCGUCGCCAUGAUCUUCGUCACCCUCAUCCUCGUCUGGUCCGAGCUGUCGCGGUGGUGGCGCGGCACCGAGCAACACACCUUCGCCGUCGAGAAGGGCGUGGGCCACGAGAUGCAGAUCAACUUGGACACGGUCGUCAGGAUGAAGUGCUCCGACCUGCACAUCAACGUCCAGGACGCCGCCGGCGACCGCAUCCUCGCCGCCUCCAAGUUCAAGCGCGACCCCACCUCCUGGUCACAGUGGGUCGACAUCAGGGGCAACCACAGGCUCAACAGGGACCAGAACGGCAAGAUCGUCACCGGAGAGGGCCACGAGGAGGGAUUCGGGGAGGAGCACGUCCACGACAUCGUGCGGCUGGGUGGGAAGAGGGCCAAAUGGGCCAAGACGCCGAAGCUGCGGGGGCCCAGCGAUAGCUGUCGCAUCUUCGGUAGUCUGGAUCUGAAUAGGGUCCAGGGCGAUUUCCACAUCACUGCCAGGGGCCACGGGUACAUGGAGUUUGGGGAACACUUGGACCACAACUCCUUCAACUUCUCGCACAUCGUCAACGAGCUGUCGUUCGGCAGUUUCUUCCCGUCCCUUGAGAACCCUCUCGACCGGACCGUCAACGUGGCCACGAGUAACUUCCACAAGUUCCAGUACUUCGUGUCCAUCGUGCCAACUGUCUACAGUGUUGGACAGGCUAGCCAUUACAGCGAUAACACCUUGUUCACGAACCAGUACGCCGUCACCGAGCAGAGCACCGAGGUCAACGAGCGCGUGAUCCCUGGCAUCUUUGUCAAGUACGACAUCGAGCCUAUUCUUCUGCAGAUCGAGGAGUCAAGAGACAGCUUCCUGGUGUUCCUGGUCAAGGUUAUCAACAUCCUCAGUGGUGCGCUCGUCGCCGGACACUGGGGCUUCACGCUCUCGGAGUGGGCGAAGGAGGCGUGGGGCAAGAGGCGCAGGAGGCACACCGGCAUGAUCGGUGUCAGUGAGAAGGAUGCCUACAGAGACUAG